GUCUUACCCUCUGGGCGCCAUUUUCCCUAGGGAAACCAGUUUGCACUUCAGCGUUCAUGUUCAUAGUAAAAAAAUUGCUAAAAAUUGGAUACGUGGAUAAAGUACGAUGGUCAUCGUUAUCGAGGAGAAAAAUAGCGAAUCAUUGAAAGAAAAUCAGCUAAACGAUGACGCGCUAUCGAAAGAACAAAAGACGUAUUCGUUGGAAAUUUUAAAAAUAAUAAAAGAAGCUCAACAACAACAUGGGUUAAGACACGGUGAUUAUCAACGGUAUCGUGGCUACUGCUCCAGAAGGCUCAGACGUCUAAGAAAAGUGUUGAAGGUUCCACAAGGGGAUAGACGACAUUUCAAAAGGAAAGAUAUUACGUCAGUGAUGGUUACAGACGAUAAAUUUCUUCAAGUUCCUUUGAUGAUGGCUGAAAGAGCUUGGAGUUACGCGAUGCAACUACGUCAAGAGUCUAAUACAGAACCAAGAAAAAAGUUUCAUUUAAUAUCCAGAUUAAGGAAAGCUGCAACAUAUUCUUUACAGUUACAGGAAUUAAUAGAGAAUGUUAAUUGCGACGCGAGGACAAAAUUAGAAGCUCAAGCAUACACAGCAUGGAUACAUGGUUCGUUACACUUUGAACUACAACUGUGGAAAAAAGCUAUGGAGAAUUUAAAAAAGGCUCAAGUAGUAUAUGGUAAACUGGCUUCUGCAUUACCAGAAUCUGAGCAAGUAAUGUACAAUGCACGUGUUGAGGAACUUACUCCUAGCCUUAGAUACUGUGCCUAUAAUAUCGGAGACACCACUGCCAUAGAUGAUUUAAUGCAAAUGAGGGGUCAACUAAGCGGAGAGUUACUAGCUAGUUUAGAUUCGCUGAUAGCACAAACACGUGAAAAGCAAUCGAGCGCGGAAGAAGUAACCUGGCGUGGAAAAACAUGUGGCGUUGUUCCACCUCGAGCGGCAGGUCUUUUGAUUGCUGAUUCGAGAUUAAAUCAAACUUUAGAGAAAGCGGCCACAAAUCAAUCUAAAAUCGAACUGUUGGAAGCACACUUGAUAGAUUGUAAAGAUGCGAUCUCGGCUGUGCGAGAUUCCUUUAAAAACGAAUUGAAAAGUAAAGAUAACGAUAAACUAUCGCCACCACAACAUUUAAUCAAUUACUUGCAAUACAUUAGACUGUCGCGUACCCUAGAGAGGAACCUAGCAUUAAUCAAAGCAGCCGAAGAAUCUGCAAAAGCGAAACCACAGGAUAUCGUACGACUGUACGAAGCAACGCUUCACAAUCUUGUGGAAAUAUCGCAAUUACAGGACGACGAAGAAUUUCUACGCGAACAGGAAGCUAAAACCAAAGGUUACAGAGCCUUCAGGUGUUACUACAUGGCGCAGUCUUUGGCAAAUCUUCACCGAUGGCGAGAAGCAAUGGCUUUGUACCAAAGAUCCGCGCAACACGUUCAAGACGCGUUAGGAUAUGGCAAAGCGCUUCCGGAAUCGUUGAGGAAUACUCUGGAAAAACUGGAGACAUCUAUAGAAAGUGCCAAGUACGCAGCACAUGCACACAGUGUUUUGGAAGAAGAACAAGAAGAAGAAUCUGGACUAAAUAAAUAUACGAAAACGAAGAAGCCUUUGUACGAACGUCUGCACGAGUACAGAGAAGAUCCUGCACUUCUUACUAAACAACCUAAUGUUUAUAAACUACCACCAUCUAUGCAGCCUAUACCUUGCAAACCGCUAUUCUUCGAUUUAGCUUUUAAUAUGGUUGAAUUUCCAGAUUUAAGUGAGAAACUUGGUGACCAAGCUAAGAAAACCGGACAAGCUGGUCUUACAGGAUUUGUUAAAGGUCUUUGGGGCUGGGGAAAUAAAUAAAACGAAAACAUUGAAACUAAAAUACUUAUCAAUUCGAAUAUUAUCGCACGUAGUGCGAUAAUGUAUUUUUACCGGCAUUCGAUCAUUUUGACGGAUAUCCAGUUUUCACUUAUAACAACAGCAAUAUUGAAUAACAAAAAUAAAAAGAUAUUAUUAAUAUAUA